AUGGUUAUGUUAGGAAAACUGAAUGAAAUUGAUAUUAAUGCGGUUGCGAGCUACGUCAAAUCACGGCAAAAUAAGGAUGGGAGCUUCGGCGGUGAUGAAUAUAAUGAAGUUGAUACUCGUUUCUCGUUCUGUGCACUCGCCACAUUGCAUUUAAUUGGCCGACUAGAAGAUACAGUGGAUGUCGAAGCAGCAGUUGAUUUUGUUCUUCAGUGUUAUAAUUUUGAUGGUGGAUUUGGCACAAGGCCGGGCUCAGAAAGCCAUGCUGGACAAGUGUACUGUUGUUUGGGCAGCCUAGCGAUAGCUGAUUGCUUGGGAAUGAUUGAUAAAGAGCGCACAGCACGAUGGCUAGCUGAAAGGCAGUGUCCCUCUGGCGGUCUCAAUGGUAAGCUGUUCUUAUUUUGCAGUCAGUGA